AAACGACGAGACGACCCACGGUCUUCAUCAGUUCCUUGAUUCUUUUUUGUUCAAUCUUUGUUGGAUUCUACUCUAUUCACUUCGUUUCUUUCUCUUUCCUUUCAUUUUAUUUUUAUUUUUUUCUCCUUAUGCUUUUCUUAUUGUUUUUUCCUCAUUUUGCGCUUGUGAUCCUUGUAACUAGCUAUAAUGCAAGCAGCUCAAGCUUCAGCCACUGAUGCAGCCCCCGAGAUUUCCCAUCAGGCUGUCCCCCUGCAAAACAAAGAAAUUUCAGACAGUGGACCCGCCGGUAGGCACCCUGAUAUUUCACUUCAAGUUCCCCCUAGACCUAUAGGAUUUGGAAGCACUAGUGGUGGAAGGGUUCUAGAUCAUUCUCAAAGUUUCACCAAAGGGAUUUCAUCAUCAAGAGACUUCUUGCGGGCCUUGAGCUUCAAAAGAAAAGGUAAUGUAGCAGAUGGCGAAAGAAGUUGCCUCCUUAAUUCAGACCCCAAGUCAGCUGAAGACGGUCCUAAUAUGGCCUCCAUAUCUGAAAUUGCAUGGAAAAGGUGUACUUCUCUUCCCGUUACACCUGCAUCAAAUCUGUCUCCUUCAGUUUCUACACCCAUUUCUGCAAGGACAUAUAAUGAACAGACUAAGCCUCAUAAAGAUGUUGAUCGUUCUAAGGUUUCAAGGUCCCUUUCUGUACCUGGACGAAAUGUUGUUAUUGUAAGAUCUGUCUCUUUUUCUACCCGCACCGAACAUGAGCAACAAGAUGCAAACGAUGAUCAAAUAACUCCUGCGCCAGUAGAAGUUACUUCUGAUGAAGAAAUUCCUGAAGAGGAAGCAGUGUGCAGGAUAUGUUUUGAUGUGUGUGAUGAAAGGAAUACCUUGAAAAUGGAAUGCAGUUGCAAAGGUGACCUGAGAUUGGUGCAUGAAGAAUGUGCAAUUAAAUGGUUUAGCACAAAAGGAGAUAAGAAAUGUGAUGUAUGUGGGCAAGAGGUUCAGAAUUUGCCUGUAACUUUGCUUCGUGUGACCAGCUCUGUUCAACGACAAAACAGACAGCAAGGUCAGCAGAACGUACAUCCAGAGUCAAUAAGCGCCUGGCAAGACUUUGUGGUGCUUGUCCUGAUAAGCACAAUAUGCUACUUUUUCUUCCUUGAGCAGCUACUGCUUCCUGAGUUGAAGACUCAAGCGAUUAUUAUAGCAGCGCCAUUUGCCUUUACCUUGGGCCUCCUGGCUUCUAUUUUUGCAGUCAUCCUGGCAAUAAAAGAGUAUAUAUGGACAUAUGCUGCUCUUGAGUUUGCCUUUGUGGCUUUAGACGUGCAUGUAUUUUAUACUAUGUUGCAUUUGACGGCCGUAUAUGCAAUACUACUUUCAUCAGUUUUUGGUUUUGGAGUUGCAAUGGGCAUCAAUUACGCGUAUAUCCAGUAUGCCACUUGGAGACUCCAGGUCUUUCAUGAUGAUAACCCAGUAUGAAUCUCCUCAUAAGGGAAACAACUUCCAUGUAUUUUUGUUCUCUGUAUCUUGUUGACAUGAUGACAUGUCACAAUGUUUAUUAUGAACCCUUGUGUUUGUCAAUCAAUACCAUUACCACGUAUUAUAUUUUUGUCAAAUAAAUAUCAUGAAAGUGUAUAAGCAAGAGAGCAAGUGAAGCAGAAUCUAUCUAGCAUUUUCCUCGGAAAUUCCAAAUUUAUUUCACUGAAUAAUUUUCUGUAAAAAAGGUUAGAAGCAACAAAAAUUUCUCUUGGUUUU